AUGCCCUCGUUUCGGUUCAUGGGUGUCAGACAUACAAAAACUAAUUUGUGUGUUCAAAUGGAAGCAACAGCCAGACGAGAACUUCAGAGCCGGAUUGGCAGUGCCAGAGCUUUCCAGCUAGAUUCUACCGCCGGAGUAUCCUUGACAGGUCUCGUUGAUUACAGGCCUCUCAGCCCUGCAGAGUCUGUGGACACAUCCGAUGCGCCUUUUCCGCCUGAUCCAUCACCAGAGCCUCCAUUAGAGCCAUCUGAGGACGAUUACAGUGAUAACCAUGCAGGCGUCUCCCUUGAGAUAGACAAAGAGACACCUCCCACAGAAAGUGAGGGAAAACGCCCCGGGGAGACAAUCAUAUCACCUUCACGAGCUUCUCGCGGUGAAUACUCCACUCCAGAGUUCGUGUUCAAUAUCAGACGUACUGGCGACCCUCAGAGGCGAGAACUUGUGGUCUUGAAAGACAUUCUGGAUACGUCACAGAAGCCUUCCUGGCGAAAGCUGAUUGAGAUCUUGAGCAACGAUGAGCACUUCGGAGUGGGGUUUGUCGAAAGAGAGGAAUUUUUGAUGGUCAAUGAUAACCUAUGGGUUAGAGAUGAGCGCCAGUUCCUUGCGUGUUUGCAAUUCUUGCGCAACUCGGGUUGUCGCAACGUGGGUGUCGUGGUUCGUACGUUUGACUCGGUGAAACCGAGGAGUCCUUAG